AUGUCAGCAACAGGGGCGUUCGAAUCUGAAGAACUGCAUUCAGUUUCUGGCUGGAAGAGAAGAGGUACCUCUAUCAGUCUGCCGCGACUCGGAGACUCCAUCCCACCAUUCGGGUCGAUUUUGAGCCCGACCGUGAGCCGGCCCGUCAGUUUCGAGGUUGAUGGUUUGGCUUUGGCCCUGAAGGAUAAGCGGUGGUUCGGCAUCCGUGGGGUCGUCGGCACGGCGAGGGCGGCUGCAGCGUGGAGGGAGGUCGGCGAUUUGGGAUUCGGCUACCCGAGAUGCUCGAUAUGUUCGAGGUCGAUCGUCACGGAUUUAGGCCGUUGGUGGUCGCGGAUUCGGCUGUUCGGCCCGUCUAUGGUAGGGAGAUCCGAGCGGGCCGUCUGUGAUGUAGGAUCCGUGUUCGGCCCGCAUAUGGUGGUUGGUUUCGACCCGCGGUCGGUUAUUCGGCCCGCGGAGGUGGAUGGUUCUGUUCGGCCCACGAACGGUUGUAGGUCCGGCCCACGAACGGUGAUUCGGCCUGCGGAAGCGGAUGGUUCUGUUCGGCCCACGAACGGUUGUAGGUCCGGCCCGCGAACGGUGGUAGGUUCGGCCCGCGGAUGGUGGUGUAGUUGGGGUUCAACAAUGGAGAUUCGGUCCGGCUGGGGGGUUGUGACCGAGUUCGGCUGUGGUCUUGAACUGACGAGAUCGGAUUUCCGCUCCAAGAAUACAAAAUUUCUCAUUUUUCAGUUUGAUGUUAAUUCGCUCCCAGCAUUCAAAAAAUUC